AGCUCACUACAGCCGUUCACACAAGUGUAAAGUCUUAUCGCUCUAAUUCAUCUGGACAUUCCGUGGUAAUUUCCAUUCGAAGCAAGAUGUGAAAAUUCACGAAAAUUCCAAUGUAAUUGCACAAUAACAUUGCAAAAAAAUUACUUCGUAAAUAGUGAAUCAUUGAUAUGAUUUUCAUGUUUUUUCCUGGUUGCAACUUAAUUAAAAUUUAAAUAUUUCAGAUUAAUUUAUACAGAGCGUUUGUAAUAUUUUAAAGUCGGUCACAGCGUGAAAGUGCGGGAAAUAAUAAUAAAUAAUUAGGCUGCUAUAAUGAAUAAUUCAAUUUGGAUGUGUUCGGUGUUGUUUAUCAUUAUCACAGGAUAUUUGUGUAAGCUUUCCAAUCCAGUCAUAAUUAGCAAUAAUGAAAAAUUGGAUGUACUGCAAAAAAAUAUUCGAAAUCAUAUAAACAGAGAAUUUCGUCAACAGUGCCACUUUACACGUGAUUGUCGUGCUCUGGCCUACAACUGUGUCGAUGGAUUGUGCGAAUGUGCCCUAGGCUAUCGUCCUGAUUCCACCAACGAGACCUGUGUUGGGGGCAUUGGGAAGCGGUGCAUGUAUGAUAGUCAUUGUAUAAUGAGGGCAUACUGCAAAGGUCAGCUGGUUUGCACGUGCAAGGAAGAAUUUCCCUAUGAGUCUGAGGAUGGGUGGCGAUGUGAAGAUGAACCCAGUUCUCAGCAAUCACAUCAUCUCCCCAAGGAAUCCCUGCUCCUCCUCCUCUCACAGGUCUUGGUGGGAUUACUAACAACGUGGCAUCAUUUAUCGCUGAUAUAAUAUUCAACAUGUCACUGAGGAGCAGAAAAGUGUUAUAUUAAAUAAUGUAAGCACUGUGAAUGAGGGAUUCUUGUCCAAAACCCAAACCCUCUCCAUCCCGCAUGUUCCUUGUCUUGUAUGAAAUUUUCGAUCAAACUUAGGUCUGUGUCUCCAACGCUUCAACAGCAACCUCAAAAGCCACUCCAGCCCUUUCUCCUUCAGCAAUCAACCCCAUGUCUCACAAAUCAAUAAUGAGGAAUUAGGUUCAAGAGGGUAUGAGGCGCUAAUGUUGCGAUUAGACAUGAGCGCUAAAAUACUUCUUAGUCAUCGUUUUUGUGUACUUUUUUCUGGUUUCCCUUUUGUUAAAUAACUCAAAUUCUCCAAACUAAACUUCAUCAGUAAUAAAA